AUGGCAAAAGAAAAGGAUCCGGCGGAACUGAAAAAAGAGCUCGAAGCAUGGAUUCAGAAGAAGCAGUCGAUCGUUGAGGAUUUGGAUGCUUUGGAGACGCAAAUUUACACUUUUGAGGGCAAUUAUUUGGAGGAUACUGCUGAAUACGGAAAUGUCGUCAAAGGAUGGGGAAACUUUGCCAACGCACCGCCGCCAUCCAAAACCAAUCGUUUUGAGAACAAACUAAAGAAGCGAAGCGUUCGUGAGGAGGAGCGGCUGUUCUCGAAAAGUUCCACAACGUCUCCGUACGCCAAAAAACAGAAUCAGUCGACGAGUAAUGGAAGUGGCGAAUCGACGAGUGGUGCUGAUAACGGAUAUCAGAGAGAGGAGUCUGAUGCAAAUGAUGAUGAGGAUAAUGGAUCCAUCUCGAGCCGCGACUCAAAAGUACCAAUCAAACGGAGGAAAUAUUGA